AUGGCACCAGGGUCAGGCAACUCUGUGGUCGACGAUCUGCCUGUUGGAUGCUGCGAAGAAUGCGGCAACGAUGCGCUGUACCUGGACCGCGUGCUGGCGGACCACUUUUCGCUGCGUGUGUGCGUCAACUGCAAGCAGGAUCUAACGCUGCAUGACGGCGCAUUUGAGCUCUUGUCCAAGUCUCGUGCCAGAGCCGAAUAUGCUCUUCCGGACUCCUCCUUCUGUGGGCUGCCACACCUGGACAAACCCAACCCACGACAUGAAGCCUUUGCUCCACUGCAACUUUAUCUGAGAAGGACCUUAGUGAAAGAAGCUCGUCGCUUGUAUGGUGACGAAGACGGCCUGCAACGCGAAAAACAAAAACGAAAGAAACGCGCGUUUCGAUCGGCGGCUGGCAGGACGAAGCAUCUCUUGAAGAAACAGCACUUGAAGCCUGAGUACGUGCCAGUGGCUGACAAGGAUCAUCGACAUGCAUUUGCCACUGAAAAGUUCGAUGAAAAGGCCAAAAUCUGGACCAAAGAGUGUUCGUGUGGCAUGCGAGUGGAAUUUGAAAAGUGGUGA